UAACUACAAGGUCAUUCCCUAGUUAAGUUUAUCAUCUGUGGUGAAUUUUAACCAACAAUUCCUCGAUAAUCUAACUUAUUUAACAUAUUUAUGGACAUUUUACAAGAAUUUUAAGUGAAUUUGAUGUGAUAAAAACACUAAGAUACGUGUAAAUAUACCAGGAUUCUUCACUAGGUUGUUUUACCAUAACAUCAAAGCUAAGUAACUUUGUAAUGUUAAAUAAGGUUAUAAAAGGUUAAAAUACGCUUAUUUGAACAUUAAACAAGACUUACACACCACCACAAGUUAAUAUGGAUGACCAAGCACCUCUACUAUCACCGGCAACAGGGAGUACCGCCAUGGGUGCAGAUAGAGCUAAGCAGCAUGAACCACCACCACCAGCUCUCUUCCUAUUGGCUGGCUUCAGUGCCCUGGGCGGCUUCCUGUUUGGCUAUGAUACAGGAGUCAUCUCUGGAGCAAUGAUUCUGAUAAGGGAAGAGUUCCAGCUCAGUACACUGUGGCAGGAAGUUAUAGUAUCUGUCACCAUUGCUGCUGCCUGGCUCGCUGCUCUGAUCAGCGGCCCAACUACUGAUUACUUCGGCAGGCCCAUAAUCCUCAGCGCCAGUAUGGUCUUUACGGUAGGCGGUGGUGAUGGGCGUGGCUCGGAGAAAACAACGCUCCUGAUUGGUCGGAUUAUUGUUGGUAUUGGUAUAGGGUUCGCAUCCAUGGCAGUCCCCGUGUACCUAAGCGAGUCAGCACCAGUUGAGUUACGAGGCCGUCUGACAGUUACCAACACUCUGUUCAUCACUGGUGGCCAAACAGUAGCUGGGAUAGUGUGUGGCUCGUUUACAUAUUCUGACCCCACAGGUAUAUGCUGGGCCUCAGGGUUGCCGUCAGUGAUCCAAUUGGCUGGUUUUACGUUUCUGCCCGAAAGCCCUCGUUGGUUGGUUGCCCGAGGAAGGAUAACAGAGGCCCACAGUGUACUACAGAAAAUCAGGCCACAACACUCUGACAUUGACCUGGAGUUGGAAGCAAUCAAAACAGCCGUCACGGAAAAUUCUCAUGAGGGUGGAAUCAGUCAAGUCCUGAGGUCGCGUCCUGUCCGUCGAGCGCUUGUGUUGGGUUGCCUACUUCAGCUCUUUCAACAGCUCUCUGGCAUCAAUACUGUCAUGUACUACAGUGCGUCAAUAAUCACCAUGGCAGGAGUCUCGGACGAGGCGACGGCCAUCUGGUUAGCUGCUGCCACAUCAACCAUGAAUUUCCUCGGCACGUUUAUUGGUCUGUGGCUUGUUGAACGCGUGGGCCGACGACCUCUCAUCCUGGGGUCACUGUUGGGGGUCAUAGGGUCAUUAUUUCUUCUGGGUAUGAGUUUUCAAAUGGCAUAUACCCACAGUCCAGGGGUACAGAUGCCCGGCCAUGAUAUAGAAUGCCAGGUUGAUACGUGUGGUAUUUGUACGAGCCUAAGUGCAUGCGGAUUCUGUUUUCAUGGUGAAGUGGAUGAUGUCAACAAUUCAAGUUGUGUGGCGGCUAAUCACUCGACUUACGACCAGAUGAGUACGUCAGGACUCUGCUCUAAUUCGACAUUAUUGGACUCUGGAGAAAUAACAUUCGCUUAUGACUGGUGUCCCUAUGAGUACGCCUGGAUGUCUGUACUCGUAUUAGGACUCUAUUUAUUGUUCUUUUCCCCUGGUAUGGGCCCAAUGCCAUGGACUCUGAACAGUGAAAUCUUCCCUGGUUGGGCGCGAGCGACUUGUACAAGCUUAACUACCUCAGUCAAUUGGGCGUCGAACUUACUGGUGUCGUUAACCUUCCUCACCCUGACUGAAAUCCUCCUGAAAUACGGUGCAUUUUAUUUCUACAUGGGUCUGGCAACAUUGGGUUUGGUAACAUUGUACACAUUGUUACCAGAAACAAGAGGCGUCCCAUUGGAAGAAAUUGAAUCACUAUUUUCUGGUCCCCUCUUAGCUGGACUCAAGAGGAGGAGGUGAGGGUAGGUUAGGUUAGGGUAGAUUAGGGUAGGGUAGGCUAGAUUAAUGUUGAAAAGGUUA